AUUUUUGCGUAUCUUCAGAUAGAAGAGAUCCAGCUGGAUGACGACGAGUCCCCAGUACCUCACAAAGCUGGUAAGCAUGCGACUCCCCAAAAAGAUGUUUCGAAAAAAGCAUCGGAGUUGGAUAAAAAGUCUUCUGAACAAACUCCACAGAAAUCUCAGAAAGGUGGGAAGUCUCAAAAUUUCCCAUUAUUUGUUUUUAAUCCAGUUCUUUGGUAUAUUUUCAAAAAGCAGUGCCAAANAAAGGAUCAGCGCCUGUUCAGCCCAAAAAUUUUUGUUCCUUGGGUGGACAAGUAUAAGCCGCGCAACCUUUCGCAGCUUGUGGGACAACAUGGCGACAAAAGCCCAAUGAAUAAGCUCUUGGGUUGGCUCAAAGAUUGGGCUCGCAACAAUCUCGGGGAGGGUGGCAAAAUUAAAAAACCAAAGCCUCCACCAUUCCUGGCGCAAACCGACGGAGCUCCGUUCAAAGCAGUGCUGCUUUCCGGUUCACCUGGUGUUGGGAAAACAACGUGUGCUGUGAUGGCAUGCGAAACCCUUGGCCUAAAAAUGGUGGAGAUGAACGCUUCGGAUGUGCGGAGCAAGAAGAAUUUAGAGCAGCAGAUCACUCAGCUUACUGAAUCGCAUCAAAUUGAAGAGUACUUUGCUAAUGGGGAAUCCGGAAAUGAUGAUGAAGUUAAGCACGUCCUAAUAAUGGACGAAGUUGAUGGUAUGAGUGGAACUGAGGAUCGUGCAGGGAUUGCAGAAUUAAUACAAAUUAUCAAGGAAACAAAAAUCCCCAUUAUUUGUAUAUGUAACGAUAGACAACAUCCGAAGAUAAGGAGUCUCGCGAAUUACUGCUUCGAUGUGCGAUUUCAGAAACCACGUGUGGAACAGAUCAGAGCGAGGAUGAUGUCAAUUGCGUGCCAGGAGAAAUUGAAAAUCUCGAAGGAAGAGUUGGAUCAGAUGAUUGAAUUGUCAGGGCACGAUGUCAGACAGACAAUCUACAACAUGCAGUUACACUCAUCUUCUGGUGGACAAACUAAGGUGCAGAAGAAGGACGUUGCAGUUGGACCAUUUGAAGCAGCACGGAAGCUUUUGGACUCUCGUUCCACACUUCAAGAAAAGCAGGACAUGUUCUUCGUUGACUAUGGCAUCAUGCCAUUGUUUGUCCAGGAAAACUAUCCGAAUAUGCGGAACGAUAAGCAUACACCUAAGCAAGCGAUGGCUGGGUUGCGAAAAGCUGCUGAUCUCAUUUCCCAUGGUGAUACAAUUGAACGGUGUAUUCGAUCUACUGGUACCUGGAAGCUGUUAAAUGAACAGGCAAUGCUGGGGUGCGCUCUGCCGUCCAUAGCUACAGAUGGACAUCUUCGGGCUAUGAUUCAGUUCCCAGCAUGGUUGGGCAAGAACUCUACUGCAAACAAGCGGCAACGUCUUCUGAGGCAACUUGCUACACAUACGCAUCUAAAGAUCUCUGCAGAUAAUCAUUCGUUGGUUGCGGACUACGUACCGGUCUUGCGCGACUGUCUUACAAAGCCUCUUCUGGAGAGAGAAACGGAUGGAGUCUUCGAGGUUGUCUGCAUCAUGAACGAUUACGACUUAAUACGAGAAGACGCCGAAGCGGUGUCGGAAUUGGCAGUAUGGCCAGGGAAGAUAGAUCCGGCCAGCAAAAUCCUCCCUAAGGUCAAGGCCGCUUUGACAAGGUCCUUGAAUAAAGAGUAUCGAACCUUACCUUAUGCAACGGAUGAUAUAGGGAAGUCACGUAGGAAGGCUCAACAAGUUGAUUAUGAAGUGGAAUUGGAUGAAGAAGGAAAUCUCAUCGAGAAAAUAGAAGGUGAAGAAAGCGGGUUCGAGGAUGAUAGUGAAGAUGAGGAUUAUAAGCCA